GAGGGAGGCCGGGUCCGCCUCAAGCAAGCCCGGAAGGCCCGUGAGAGGCGGAGGCGUCGGCCUGGGCCUCCCCUGCGGGGAAGGGGACGCAGCCGUGACCCGCCUCUCUUUCUCCCCCUCAGGAGGAUGGAGGAGCCGCCCGGGAGGAGGAGGAGGAGGAGGAGAGCGGCCCCCGCGGAGCAGCCCUGCCCGGCCCCGUCGCGGGUUCCCUGGGCGACGGCGGGGAAAGGCCUCGAGGCCCCUGGGCUGCAUGUGGGAUGAGCCCAGGGGGACCCCGGGAAAGUCGGCUGCGCGGAGGGCGAUGCGGGGAGAAGGACACGAGCGAAGACCCCGAGACGGGCCUGGAGGGCGGAGGGUCCCUCAGAAGCCCCGGGAGGCCCCGAAGGACCCAGGAGGGAGGAAAGAGAUUUCAGUGCCCGGAAUGCGAAAAAUCCUUCAAAAGAAAGGACCAUCUUCAGAGCCAUCUAAUCAUCCACACGGGAGAGAAACCAUAUAAAUGCCUGGAAUGUGGAAAGAGCUUCAGACAUAUCAGCAACCUUUACACACACCAAAGAAUCCACACAGGAGAGAAACGUUACAAAUGUCUGGAGUGUGGAAAGAGCUUCAAUAUGAGUGGAAACCUACAUAGACAUCAAAAGGUCCAUUUGAAUAAAUAUCUGGAGGGUGGAGAUUCCUUUGAAAAACCCAGGGAUCCAGAAAU